GUAAAAAAUCAUCAUCAACAAUUCCAGGUGACUUCUUCAAGUGCGACUAUAAAGAGGGCUGCAAUGACCAGUUGAUGGCACACUCAGUCACUGGUUCCCAUUUGAACGCAACCAAAAAAUCCUCUCUUCUAUACGUAAAAUGAACUCCUUCACAGUGUUCUUGGCUUUUGCCCUUGCGGCCGCUGUUGUUGCUGAGCCUCCAUCAUCUGGCUACAACUACAACCGUGGUGGUGGAGCCGGUUUUGCAGCUGGUGGCGGUUUCGGUGGUAGUGGUUUUGGCGGUGGAUUCGGGGGUGGUGCCGGUGGUGGAUUCGGAGGUGGUGCUGGCGGUGGAUACCAAACCGUUUCCGAUGGAUUCCAAACCUCCGAGGGAUUGAACGUUGACCCUAAACUCUUGGAACAAGUUCGUCAAAUCUUGUUGAGCGAAGAAAGCAAGGCUUCAUCAUCUGUCGGCGGUGGAUUCGGAGGCGGUUUCGGUGGUGGCGCUCCAUCCAGCCAAUACGGUGUCCCAUCCCAACAAUACGGUGUCCCAUCAGGUGGCAGCUACGCUUCACGUGUUGUAGGUGUUGAUUUGGAAGGAGUCCGACAAGCCAUCCAAGUCGCUCACUUCGCCCAGACCUCACACCAAGCCGGUGGUGGAUUCGGAGGAUACGCUCCAUCUGGAUCAUACGGCGCCCCACGUGCCCCAAGCGGUAGCUACGGUGCUCCAUUCUAAAGAGUGCCACCAGAAAGUGAUCUUAGGGAAUUUUUAACUCAAAUGCUGCGAAUGAAUGUUUUUUAGGAUAUUAAAUAAUGACAAUCAUGAUGCGAGACACUGCCAAAAUGAAUUGUGAAAAUGAUACAAACUACCGUCUAAGCCAAGCAACAGUAUUUCUAUGAAGUUGAGCGUAACGUAACUUCCUUCCAUCCUUUCUCUACAAAUUCACAAAAUUGACACUACUGCAUUUCGGCCACUGCUUAACUUUACCAAAAUUGUCUAUAACUUUUGGCACGCUGCAACAGAGAAUCAUGACAAUAGAAGCUACUUUCCAAGCUUUUCAACAUUUCUGGUUGGAGAGGUACCCCUUGCUGUCCGAAACGCUAAACAAAUCAAGUAUAUUUUGUAUAUAUGCGCAUGUUUUCAUGCAUAGUUUAAGUGUUUUUAUAGAAAAUAAAAAAUUUUGUCACCGUUAAA